UGGAGCACGGAAUUGCUCGAUCAGCGGAUCCGACGUGAGCCGAACACCUCGCGAAAAGCACAAAUAAUUACAAUUGUGACAGGAAAAGUUGAGCAAUGGCUGAAUAGAGUUCGCUCAGGAGAAGAAGAACAACAUCCUGCGGACGGACGGUGUUUUGCAUGGUCCCUGCUGCUGGUCGGACGAGCAAAAAUGAGGCGUCCGACCUGUGCUUGCCUGCUGUGGCUGACCCUGCUGCUGGUCGGAUCAAACGCAGUUCCAAGGCGGCUGAAUGACUGGGUGUCACAUUACGAGCCGCUCACCUACGACACAGACCCUGUGCACCGAUCUCACCAACGAGCCAAACGCUCCGUCUCCGAAGACUCGGCUGUGCAACUCCACUUCCGAGCGCACAACCGGGCCUUCAGUUUGCGCCUCAAGAGGGACCUGGAGACGUUCUCGGACAGACUCGAGGUUGUGACCCAUGAAGGAGACCCUCUUGACGUCGACACCUCUCACAUUUACAAAGGACACAUUUUGGGAGAGCCUGAGAGUUACGUCUUUGGCUCGAUCAUCAACGGUGUUUUUGAGGGGAAGAUCCACUCUCCGCACACAGGGGGCUACUUCAUAGAAAAGGCCAACAAGUAUUUCCCCAACCAGACAUUCCACUCACUCAUCUACCACGAAAAUGACGUUGAAGACCCACAUGCCUCCAAACGAAAUGGAUACUUGGGAGGAUGUGGCCACACUGAGGAAAUCAGUCAGUGGAUGGAAAGGGUGCAAAACUCGGCCGUCGAAGAAGAAGACCUUCCUCCUUUUGUCCCCAAGAAGGAGGAUUCGAAGCCGGAGAAAAAGGCUGCAAAAACUGAAAAGGUGCAUUUUCAUGACGAGGAUCCUCGUCGGCGGUACACGAGGGAGGCCAACGAAGGCGUCCAUCAGCGCUCGAAGAGGGCUGCUCGACCGCGAGAGGAGAAUCGAAACACAUGCUCUCUUUUCAUCCAGACUGACCCACUCAUCUGGAAGCACAUUUCUGAACAGCAAGUGACUCAGGAUCCUGAAAAAAUCCGAGAGGAGAUUCUGUCACUGAUUGCUCAACACGUUCACGCCGUCAACUACAUUUACCGUGAUACAAAGUUUGACGGCCGAAUUGAGCAUCGCAAUAUCAAGUUUGAGGUGCAACGAAUCAAGAUUGACGAUGACAUUCCAUGCAAAACAAAUGGCGGUGAUUCAAACCAGUUCUGCAUGGAAAAUAUUGACGUCAGCAACUUUUUGAACCUGCAUUCUCUGGGCAACCACGAAGACUUUUGUUUAGCUUAUGUUUUCACCUAUAGGGAUUUUACUGGUGGGACUCUAGGUCUUGCUUGGGUUGCCUCUGCAUCAGGGGCUUCUGGAGGGAUUUGUGAGAAGUAUAAGACUUAUACUGAGACGGUUGGUGGCAUUUAUCAGUCAACAAAGAGGAGUUUGAACACAGGCAUAAUCACUUUUGUUAACUACAACAGCAGAGUUCCCUUGAAAGUUUCUCAGCUUACACUUGCACACGAAAUCGGGCACAACUUUGGAUCACCCCAUGAUUAUCCGUCUGAAUGUCGGCCUGGAGGAGACAAGGGCAAUUUCAUUAUGUUUGCUUCGGCCACAAGUGGAGACCGGCCAAACAACAGCAAGUUCUCUGCCUGCAGUGUUGGCAAUAUUAGCAAUGUGCUAGACGCAAUUGAGGAUAGCAAGAAAAGGAACUGCUUUACCACUUCUGCUGGUGCUUUCUGUGGCAACAAGAUAGUCGAGCAAGGCGAGGAAUGUGACUGUGGGUUCAAUGACGAGGAGUGCAAGGAUAAAUGCUGUUAUCCCAGGAUUGUGUCCGAGGUGGACAAGAUGAGGAACAACUCGGCUGCUGGCUGUCACAGGAGAGCAAGAACGCAAUGCUCACCCAGCCAAGGUCCGUGCUGUGACGGGCACACUUGCACUUUUGUCAAAGUCGAACGUCAGUUGCAGUGCCGCGGCGAGAGUGAAUGCUCGUUCAAGUCGUACUGCAACGGCGGGGAACCCGAAUGUCCGGUUUCGAAACCCAAAUCAGACAAAACGCGGUGCAACGAGGAGACGCAGUUGUGCAUCAAGGGUGAGUGCACCGGUUCCAUUUGCCUCGAGUGGAACAUGCAAGAGUGCUUCCUCACCUCGGGCCACGCCUCUGUCGUGGACAAGCGGCGCUUGUGCGAGUUGGCGUGCAAGAAUGGCUCGGAGGAAACUUGUCGCUCGACCAGCGAGUUCUCCAGGCAGGUUGGCCUGCCCGAGGGUGGCAUCAGUUUGAGGCCAGGCUCGCCAUGUGACAACUACCAGGGCUAUUGCGACGUCUUCCUCAAGUGCAGGGCCGUCGACGCCGAAGGACCUUUGGCGCGUCUUAAAAACUUGCUUUUCAAUAGGGAAACGUUGCAAACAGUAGCUCAGUGGGUCACUGAGUACUGGUGGGCCGUGCUGCUGAUGGGCAUCGCGUUUGUUGUGGUCAUGGGGUGCUUCAUCAAGUGCUGCGCCGUGCACACGCCGUCGUCCAACCCGAAGAAGCAGCCGGCGCGGCGCCUCAGCGAAACCCUGCGCCAUCCGAUGCACACCCUGCGUCGAAUGCGCGGUCCAGGCGGCGCCUCAAGGGCUCCCCCGCGCGGAAGCAACCCUCCCAGAGGCCCCGCCCGUGGCUACGGCGAAGGUCGCGGCCAGUACUACGUGCCCAAGGGGUCAGCCGGGGAGGGUGGCGGCCGCUCGUCCGGAGGCCACGAGCCGUAUGCUGGUGCCUACGGCGGCCGCUCCUCAGGCAACCACAUGGGACGCAACUCAUUUGAGAUGCACAACCACAAGGUGUGAGAAAGAAUGCAGGACGCUGAUCUCUCCAUGGAUUUUUUAACGAACCUUUCAAACCUGAAACCAAAAAUCACGGAAUAUUUACGCGAUAAUUAUUUUAUUAAACAAGACGAGAAACUCACUCACUAGUACCUAAUAUAUUACCCAUCACGAUGUCUUUAAUCAACCAGGGGCUGGUGAAUUUCGAACUUAUGCCGGGGGAGAGAAAGUAUUUUGAAAGAUUUCGGGUGUAACAAAGGCAGACUCUUAUUUUAAAUUCAUUUUAGCCUCUGAACUAGCGGUUGAAUUCUAGAAUUACCCAUCAAAUCUGCCAAAGUUCAAAAAUUUUGCCGAAAAUUUAUAUUUUUAGACUAUGAGCAAAUCCAUUAGUAGACAAGUGAGACAAUAAAAGUGCAAAAUUACCAUAUUAGCCAAAUUUUAGUUUUUUCGAAAGUUGCCAGCCCUGGAAUUGCAGUAUAUCGGUCCGACAUAGAAAUCUCGAGUGAUUUGUGGCAAGUUGAAUGACUCUGAAGAUGGAGUGAAUGUAUAUAGACUAUUGUGAUCGCGGGGUCUUUGAGCCCCUGAAAGUGGUGCAUCAUUCAUUGAGUCGGUAGUGCUGAACUUUUUAAAUUUCUGAAUUUGCAUCUCUCAUUGGUUGGGACCAAUGCUUCCACGCGAGUGAUUACGUUGUUCUCUUCUAGUGUAAAAUGUUAAUUGAUCAAUUUUUCUUGUUUCUUGGGACUCGGACUUGAAACUGGUCGACAUUUGACCGCAAUAUAUGUUACCGGACAAAACACAUAAUUUUUGGAAGAAAAAAGAUCAUUCCAAAAAAAGGCAUUUCUUGAAUUUUUACUCAACUAUGACCUUCAUUAAAUAAAAACUGUUUCGUUUUACGUAUGAAUAAAUUAAAAUCCUUUUUAGGUGCCAAAGUUUCACAGCUCAGGUCAAGAGAAUUCAAAUAUUUGAGUUUUCAUUCCCACGUGUGAAUGACACUUAUUUUAUUUUACCAAAGUUCGAGUCCCAAAUGAUAAAAUUGUGCAGCAUUUCAGUCGCAUUUAUUGAGAAACUUUGUUCCAAAGUCGACUGGUGCUGCGUGCUAUGUUGAAAGAGUUGAACUGUGCGGAUUCCGAUUCCACCACUCCAUUAUAUGAUACAGAUAUAGCGAGAUGUACAUUUCUAUAAAUACAAUUAUAUGCAACACAGAAUUAUCAUGGAUGUGCGUGUUUCGAUUCCA